AAUGGAAAUUUCUGCGAGAGAUAGAGACGUAGGAGUCCUGCUUCUUCCAUUCUCCUUGACAGGAGUUCAGUCAGAUUCAAAUGGCAGCAAAAUUUUGUUAUUAAACAAUGUUUUCUGUCAGAUAGGAAAACUUAAGAAAUAUGGACAAAUUAUUAAUAAAUAUAUGGAACUGACGAUAAGUUGAAUUCAUCGUCAUUUUUGCGCUGUGUUGGAAUAAAGCCUCUCUCUCUCUCUAAAAGGUGGGGAGGGCUCUGGUUCCGAGGGAUAUCGUGUUUCCCGGGCGUUUCGAUUUGAAGGAGGAGCCGGGAACUUGGCGAGGGCUGGAAGAGUCAGGAAGGAGGUCCUGUGCCAGUGGAAUCCCGAUGGAAAGUGGUGGUGCUGGUCACGUUGGACCUCUGAGAAAGAGCGUCACCAAGAAGAAGUCCACCGAGAACGGAGGGAACGACCAUGGGAGGAGAUCUUCCGUGUCUUCUCGUUCGGCAGUACCUGCUGGGGAAAGGACAGUGAAGCGGCUUCGAAUGUCUAAGGCUCUUACUGUUCCUGAUAGCACAACUGUUUAUGAAGCAUGCCGCCGCAUGGCUGCUCGUAGAGUUGAUGCUAUAUUAGUGACUGAUUCAAACGCCUUGCUCUGUGGGAUAUUGACAGAUAAGGAUAUAGCCAUAAGGGUGGUUGCGGCAGGGCUUAACCUUGAGGAAACUACAGUUGCAAAAGUCAUGACGAGAAACCCUGUAUUUGUUCUUUCAGAUACACUGUCUGUUGAAGCAUUACAGAAAAUGGUACAAGGAAAAUUCCGGCACUUGCCUGUUGUUGAAAAUGGUGAGGUGAUUGCAUUGCUCGACAUUGCAAAGUGCCUAUAUGAUGCUAUUGCACGGAUGGAAAGGGCAGUGGAGAAAGGGAAAGCCAUUGCAGCGGCUGUAGAAGGAGUAGAAAAACAAUGGGGAACGACUAUUUCUGGUCCUAACACUUUCUUGGAGACGCUAAGAGAGCGGAUGUUCAGACCUUCUCUAUCAACAAUUAUCAGUGAGAAAACAAAAGUAGCUACAGUGUCUCCAACGGACUCAGUGUUAACUGCAACUAAGAAGAUGCUUGAACUCCAUGCGAGCUCAGCAAUUGUUACAGUUGGGAACAAGCCACAGGGGAUACUAACCUCGAAGGAUAUUUUGAUGAGAGUGAUCACGCAGAAUCUUCCUCCACAAUCAACUCCUGUUGAGAAGGUCAUGACCCCAAAUCCCGAAUGUGCCACAGUUGACACACCAAUUGUUGAUGCUCUACAUGUCAUGCAUGAUGGGAAAUUUUUACAUCUUCCAGUGGUAGACAGAGAUGGGCUUGUAGUCGCUGUCAUUGAUGUAAUCCAAAUUACUCAUGCAGCUAUAUCGACAAUUGGAACAACUGGGGUGGUCGGGAGUGAAACAACAAGCACAAUGAUGCAAAAGUUCUGGGAUUCAGCAAUGUCCAUGGGAGAUGAUGAAGAUACAAGAAGUGAAGGAUCCGCAACUGCAAGGCAGACAUCUGAAGGAACUGAAACAGGGAGGCUUGGUUAUAUGUCAGAGCUUGGAAAUACCUUUGGGUUUAAAUUGGAAGACAAAAGGGGCCGCAUGCACAGAUUUAAUUGUGACACAGGGAGUAUGACAGAGCUGAUAGCUUGCAUAAUUCAGAGAGUAGGAGAUGACAUUGAUCGGAACCAUCUUCCACAGAUUAUGUAUGAAGAUGAAGAGCAUGACAAAGUGGUACUUGCAACAGAUAGUGACCUUGCAGCAGCUGUAGAACAUGCUAGGGUUGCUGGAUUGAAAGGUUUGAGACUGUACCUGGAUUACUCUGGUUCAGGUGGCAAUAGCGAGACAACACAGUUGAAAUCAGGAGGUUCAGGAAACCUAGAACUUGCAAGAAAGGAUGCUUGGGCCACAGCAUAUAGCACAGUUGCUGCAGGUGCUGCCCUCAUUGCUGGGCUUGGUGUGAUGGCAUAUUUGAGGAGAGCUAACUCCUAAUAAAAGAUCCCAUUGAAAGUGUUUUGCCAAGAAGCCAAGCACAACUUUGGAAGCAGUGGCCCCCAGUUCCUAGCAGCCUGCAGACGAAGCAGCUAUAUGAUUAUGAAGGACUUCCCUUUUUGCGUAGAAUCUAGAAAUUAUUUGCAGCUGAGUAGUUCCUACCUGAUGGAACUAGAUGCUGUAGAAUUACAUCCUGCUCUGUAAUAUGAAAUGAUUUAUUUAUUGUAAAAUGAUGCAUUGCCUCUCAAUUUAUACGAACAAAAGUGCACAUUAUGUGAAACAAAAUAGAUGGUAAUAAACUCGUUUAAUAUGAGCA